AGGAGAUUCUAGAGGUUUCUGGAGCGCGGCAUUAAAUGUGUUUAUGUGACUCCAAAUAUUUUUUCAAACUCUUCCAAGGUAGGACCGGAGCUCCAGAACACAUCAAACUAGAAUAGACUGGAAUAGAAUAGAUUUGUGAAGGACUGCACUAGAGAUAAAUGAGAUUAUUGGAUUGACUUGACAGAUUAUAGCUCGCCGACUUCCUCCAGGCUUCAUGAGAAAACCACACCACUCGAUUCAUAUUUUAGCCCCACGGUUCGGAAGUAUAAAGCCAUGCUGACCAGCUUUAUGGAAGGUCUUCUCUGCUGCCUUACCUCAAAGUCAACUAACGUUGUGGUUCCUGUCGAGACCUUCGGACCUACCGACGGUUACGAGUUUGUCGAGGUAAAACCAGGCCGGGUCAUUCGUGUUCGACAUAUAAUCCCGGAGAGGUCUGUGGUGGAGCAACCCACGGGGCAGGGCGGGUGUGUCAGUUGCAAAAGAAGGAUCUCAGUCUAUUGUAACGGACAGCUGUUCAUCGAGAACUUGGGUGACAGGGCGGACGCGGAGUUGAACACUUGCCCGAAUGGAGAGACCGAAGCAAACAACACCGUAGAGGUUGAACUGACAGACUGCGGCAACUCGUCACCCCCCGUUGACCUCCCUGAUGCCGGGCCGAACUCGGUCACGGCAGGAAAGGUUUUGACAUCCGAGGCGGCAUCGGGAGGAGAUGCGCCCGCCGCUCUACAGGCUGAAGCGUCGCAGAACCGUCGCAAACGGAAGCCUAAGCGCACGGUGGUGAUCGACUGUGAGAGGAAAAUAACAGCUUGCAAAGAGACGCAUCCGGAUGUGGCGCUGUUCUUCAUUCACGGCGUGGGAGGCUCUCUGGAUAUUUGGAAGAGCCAGUUGGACUUCUUUUCACAUCUGGGCUAUGAGGUGAUUGCCCCGGACCUUGCGGGUCAUGGGUCCAGCUCAGCACCUCUUAUACCUGCAGCGUACACUUUUUACGCACUGGCGGAGGACAUACGACUCAUCUUCAAGAGAUAUGCACGCAAGAGGAAUGUACUCAUCGGACAUUCUUAUGGUGUGUCGUUCUGCACCUUCCUGGCCCAUGAGUAUCCAGACCAGAUCCACAAGAUGGUGAUGAUCAAUGGAGGUGGUCCCACAGCUUUGGAGCCCAGCUUGUGCUCCGUCUUCAACUUGCCUACAUGUGUACUCCACUGCCUCUCUCCACUGCUCACAUGGAGUUUUCUCAAGGCAGGUUUUGCUCAUCAGGGUGCAAAGGAGAAGCGACUGCUGAAAGAAAACAAUGCCUUCAACGUGUCAGCGUUUGUGCUGCGUGCCAUGAUGAGUGGCCAGUACUGGCCUGAGGGGGAUGAGGUCUACCAUUCGGAGCUCACCGUGCCCAUCCUGCUGGUUCAUGGAAUGCAUGACAGGUUUGUCCCUGUUGACGAGGAUCAAAGAAUGGCAGAGAUCCUCCUCAUCGCCUUCCUAAAGGUCCUGGAGGACGGCAGUCACAUGGUCAUGAUGGAAUGCCCGGAGGCCGUCAACACACUCCUGCACGAGUUCUUCCUCUGGGAACCUGCAACCCCUGUACCAUCAAAGCCCAAAACCCGCCCGGAGACCGCCAAGGCCCAAACAGACAACAGUAAAGCUGCGGCGGAAACCGCUAAAGUUCGACCUGCUACUGCCAGGUCAGACAGAAGGGAACAUAAAAUGACAUGAAUUCAAUUUGAGAUUUGAACUGAUUUGGCUUGAGUUGGAAAUAUCCAGUUUAUUAAAAACGGGCGAGGUUGAAGGUCCCCCCCGGAAGUGGGACACGGUCAGGACAUGAAACGGAAUAUCAGAAGGUGCUUCAGUCAAGAAGCGUCAGAAGAUCUGAUGGUGCCUUGAGAUGACGCACGAAAGAUAUGAGAUGCUGACCUUUGACCUUCCACAGAGUAAAACCGAAUUCCGGUGUAGCUUCAACCUUCCAGUACAGCAAACAUUAGAAUGAAAUGUGAUAUAUUUCUUGCAAGACAUUGAUACACGCAGCUUUUUAAAUAAUAUGUCAUCAAAUAUAAACAUAGGCAAGUGUCAGUCCAUGACAGAAUUUCUUAUGUUUUUGUAUUAUUAUUUUUAUACACGGCACUUGUAUUUUAAAUGGAUAUUAAAUCUUCUAUGUAUCUUUUCAAUUUGCAAUUUAUUUGUUGAUGUAAAAAUGUUUACUAAGUACAUUAUUGUUUUCAAUAUCUUCAUCUACAAUUGUUUUUUUUUUUUUUAAAUAUGGCUAUUUAAACCAGGGAUGUCCAAAUAUUUUCCAAAAAUAUGCGAGGGGCCAAUUUGAUAUUUUUAUGUAGUAGAUUUUUAAUAUUGUAUAUUCAUUUCAUUUAUUCAUUUGCUACCGCUUUUCCUCAUAAGGGUUGCGGGGGGUGCUGGAGCCUAACCCAGCUGUCUUCGGGCAAGAGGCGGGGUACACCCUAGACUGGUCGCCAGCCAAUCACAGGGCACAUAUAGACAAACAACCAUUCACACUCACAUUCAUACCUAUGGACAAUUUGGAGUCGCCAAUUAACCUAGCAUGUUUUUGGAAUGUGGGAGGAAACCGGAGUACCCAGAGAAAACCCACGCAUGCACGGGGAGAACAUGCAAACUCCACACAGAGAUG